CCACUUCUCCUCAACACAUUGUCCCUUCUGUCUCUAGCCCUCAACCAUCACCAUCCAACCCCUCCAAUUCCCAAACGUCAAACAAAGAAUCACAGAGGAUUGAAUUUGACAUUUCAAUCAACAGCCAAUCCUCUCCAACAGAUGACAACACAAAAUCCCCUCAACCAGAAGUUCACCACAACCAAGGGAUGGACAUAAUACAGGACUCAUCUCCACGACCAAUGGGCGAGACAGAACUUGAAGGUCCUCAUGACUUUCCCUUGUUAGCAGAACCAGAGAAAGAGCCUCAAGGCGCUGAUGCUGCCAUUUCAUCAGUACCAGAAACAACUCGUCCUGAUGCCACAACCACAGCUGAACAAGGCCAACCGUCUGCGCGCACGUUAUCAGGACAGGCCGUCGGUCUAUGCCAGGAUAUUUGGGCCGAACUUUCUAUUCUUCAACAAGAUCUAGACGAAAUAUCCCAUUACCUCAAAGGCUACAUCUGCUUGAUGCUGAAACUCAACAAACCUUAA